AUGCUGGAGGAGGUGCUGCCCAAGGACCUGGUCGUGCCACCGGCGCUGCUGGCAACCUGGCCGUCUCGUUCGGCCGGCCGUCGCGGCGUCAUCGUCUCCGAAGGCGCGCGCUGGAGCCGCAACUCGCGCCUCGUUCGCGCCUCGCUGCACCACAUGCUCACCUCGUCCUCCGAGCUGGAGGCGAUGAUCGGCGCCGAGGGUGGCCGCGCUGGCCACAGGCUGCCGGAGGCGGAGACGCGGCGCCUGACGGCACUGUUCAGUGCCGAGAUGACCGCGCUGCAGAACCCCUGGGUCGACAACCGGCUGCUGCGCACGCUCUUCCACGAGCGCAGCGGCUUCGGCGCCGUGCUGCGCUACCGCGAUGCCGUGCGCGAGGAAGUUCGCGGAGGCCGUGCGCGCGGCCGCAAUGCGCACCUGGCGCGAGCCUUCGAGGCCGAGGUACUGCGCCGCUCGUCGCUGACACCGGCCGGCGUGCCGCACCGGAGCCUGGCCGAGUUCCUGGUGGGCGGCUACCGCGUGCCGUCCGGCGCCGUGCUGCGCUACGACAUCGUCGGCACGCAGUGGAACGAGCAGCUAUGCGAGAACCUGGUGCCGUAUGGGAUCGGCCUGCGUCGCUGCACCGGCGAGGAGUACGCCCAGGCGUACCACUUCCUGAUGAUGGGCGGCCUGCUGCGCGAGUUCACCGUCGCGCUGCCGCCCGGCCGGCUGCCGCCCACGGAGGAGGCCACCAUGGGCCUCACGCGCAACUGCCUGCCGUUCGAGGCGGUCCUCACCUCACUGCCGCAGUCCUCGGCUUGA